CGCAGAAACAGGAAUCCACGUGAAGUUGGUCGGCAUCUCAUGAUGCAGGUGGUUUGCUUGGUUUCCAACAGAGUCAAAAUUUCGCACCCGACAUGACAGAUCCUGACAGAUUGCAAUGGUUCUACGUGGACCGCACAGGGCAGGAGUUCGGCCCCUUCCGCACCACCAAGAUGCGUUCCUGGUUCUCGCAGGGUUUCUUCCCCAUUGGGGAUGAGCUGCUGGUGCGCUUGGGGGAAUGGCCCCCUGAGGCGCCGGCUGGGGGAGGAGGCUUUUUUUUCCGGAGGGAGUGAGAGGGAGGUGGUUCAGAAUGGACAGAGAGAGGUGGCUCGACCUUCUCGCCUUGGCAUGGAACAUGAGAGGUGGCCUGUUUGGAGAUGGGAAGAACUCCUCGUCCCCGGAUCUAAGUUGUGCGGAUGAAUGGGAUCCUUGCUUGAAGAGAACCAGGUGGAUGCGUGUCAGGUCUGUGACCGUUGAAGGACCAGCUGGAAAGACGUGCUUUCCUUGACACAGCUUGUGCGAGUUUGGGACACGUCCAGAAAGUUGGAAUGACAUCUUGGAAGGAUGCAGUACCAUCUUGUGCGGGAUGUUCGCUGCUUGGAACCAUUUUGACCCAUGCCCAAAUCAAUUCCCGACAUGCCCUGCUGUCCCAGUCCCACGUGCCAGCGCGGAAGCCUGGGCUGCGAUAGAGAUUUGCGGGGUCUCCCCCGGACCGUUUUUGACGUCCGACCGAGAUGACAUGAUAGAAGAUAGGUUGUCAGUCCCCAAGUUGGGCAGAUCCGUGAGAGAGAUUUUUUGGAUUUUUGGUAGAGAGAUGUUCAAAGUGGAGGGGAGGAGCUACAGGACCUGAGGGCGUGGAUUUGACAUUUUGAACGUUUGCAUGCCUGGCAAUCUUUGACUCCCAGCUCUUCCAAUUUUGAGGUUUAUUCCCAGCGGCUACUCGACUUCUAGGUACUUUGCCAACACUUUAGUAUUUAACAUGUAUUGGUAUUGGGCUUGUGGGGGGAAGGGGCUUUGUAGCUCACUGCCCGGUGUUCUUCGCACCGUCGGGAGAGGCCUCUAAAGGCCUCUCCUCAAGUCUCUUGAAAAGAAAGCAGUCUUCGUUCGUCACUGUUCUUGACAACCUCAUUUUUGGGUCGAUCUUGAGAUGACGGCCAGUGAGGUGAAGAUUCUGUAUCCGGAACCAGAUAGCAUCUUUGUGGGUGGACCUCAAUCCCCCUUCAGUGCUGUACGGCAACGCCGACCGCGCAGCCGCUCCAGCCGCGCGGAACGGCGGCGCAGCCGCUCGCGGCGGAGCCGAGAGCGACGAGAGGAGCCUCCUCCACGAGGACGUAUGGAGGACUACCCCAUGGAUUACGACCGGCCGUAUGACCGGCCGCCGCCGCCUGGCUAUGCUCCCCCUCCGGGCUAUGGCUCCUACGGGCCACCGGGCUAUGGGCCCCCGGGCUACGGGCCGCUGCCCGGCUAUGGCCCCCCACCCGGCUAUGGACCACCGCCUGGGUAUGGCCCACCGCCUUAUGGCUAUGGAGCCCCUCACGGCUAUGGGCCUUAUGUACCCCCACCAGGGUAUGGCCCCCCGGGCCACGGCGGGCCGAGUGGCCCGACGUCGGGCAGAUAUAGUGGACGGCUGAAGUCCUUCAAUGCCAAGGGUGGCUUCGGGUUCAUCGACUGCCCAGAGGUGCGCCAUCGCUAUACCAGGGACGUCUACGUCCAUAAGGCGCAGAUUGGGGACCUUGAAGUAGGUGAGGAGCUGAACUUUCUGGUGGAUACCAACAAGGACGGGUACCCUCAGGCCCGUGAUAUCCGCCGCAGAGACGGCUCCAAGCCUGGUCAGAAGAGAGACGGCGAUGAUGCCAAUGGCAAUGGCGACGGCAAGAGGCCGCGGCGGAGAGGUGGGAAGGGCAAGAAGAAGCCCAAUGAAGGAGAUGGAAAGGCGGACGAAGGGAAGGGUGGAGGCACACCCGCUCUUGAAAACAAAGCAGCGGAGUCGACAGAAGCACAGCCAGAGGCAGAGGGCAAGGAGAGAGAGGCAGAGGGCACAGCCCCCGCUGAGGUAGCGGCAGAGAAGGCCGAAGGCGAGGGGAAUGAGGUGAAACCAGCGGCGUCCGCUGAGGCGGCGCCCACAGAAGCUCCCAAGCUCGAUGGUCCUUCAACUUCGGAAAAGGAAGCUCCAGCAGCGCCUGCUCCAGAAGUAGCUCCCGAGCCAGCGCCUUCAGAGCCUGCCACUGAAGCGCCCGCGACCGAGACACCUGCAGAGCCGCGCACCGUGGCCGUGGCAGGGCCGGAAGCGACGCCAGCUGCAGAGGUUCCUGCCGCGGCCGCGCCGGCGCCGGAAGCAGCUCCAGCCGCUGCGGAAGCAGCUCCGGCCGUGGGCGAGGCAGCUCCUGCCGCUGCGGAAGCUGUGCCCACUGCGGCGCCUGCGGCCACGGUGGCGGAAGAACCGCCCGUAGCAGCCGAGACCGCUGCGGCAGCAUCGGCGGAGACGCCAAAAGACGCUUAGAUGAGGCCAAAUCUGAGACAAGAAGUCUUUGAGAUCUCUGAGCGAAGUUGCACGGCUUUAUGGUGCAGCUUCCCAUUCAGUUGAGGCAAGAUUCCAACCGCGAUCUUGAUCAGUUUGAGUACGCC